AUGACCUCACUGCUGUUCCCUAGCAACGCCCACGCUGCGAUGAAGGACCUCUCUUCUUCUGCCUCUCCUCUCACCACCCUGCUCCACUACCCUUCAUCCAAAACUUCCGUCGUGCCCUUCUCCCCGUCCGCCGGUGCCGCCUCCUCGCCCGGGUCGCCCCUGACGUCGGCGCCGCUCUCCAAACCUCAACCUUUCUGCCUCCAGACGGGACCGCACCUCAUCGCCAGCAUGCAGCUCCAGAAGCUCAACUCACACUACCAGAACCUCGCCGGCGCUUCUGCAGGACACCCGACGCCCGGCGGAGCUCAGAGGGGGUUCGGUACUUCGCCUCUGGGAGCCGGAAACCAAAUCUUGGGGCCUUCGGGAGGUCUCGGAGGAGGCGGGAUGGGUGUCGGCAUCAGCAUGGGGAACCAAGGCUCCGGCGCCAAUGGGAUUAUCGACUUUGACCCAGUAGACGAGGAGGUUCUCAUGUCUCUGGUGGUGGAGCUGGGUUUGGACCGAGCCAACGAGCUGCCUGAACUCUGGCUGGGUCAGAACGAGUUUGACUUCAUGUCAGAUGUGCCGGCCGGUUGCUGACCUACGAGAGGAAGAAAAUACCGAUAUUCGUUGGAAUCGAUUGACGAAGAGAGAGAAAACUUUAUCUCUUGUCUUGUUUUUCUCUUUCCCUCCCUUUCUUGGUUGAUAAAACGAGGAAACAGAAGAGACACUGAGUUAUCGAGAGGCCGAGUUAUUAGAGGUGUACUUUUGUUUCUCGUUGGCUUUCAUACUUUCUACGGGCAAAGAGACUCGUCAAAGAAAAGGCUUGCUUUUGAUUUUUUCUCUUUUUAUAACGGAGUCUUGCGGAAAGAGAGAGAGAGCGAGAGAGCAUGAAAUCUUUUUGUUUUUUUCAU